AAUUAACAAAGUCCCAUAACCACUCUUCCUCACCAAGACCCGGUCCACAGACUCCACACGAUUCUAAUUUCUAUUCGACCUGAAAAGUCCAUCGCUCACCACCAACAUGCUCUCUUCCCAGAAUCCCUCAUCCGCUCUGUCCAAACCCUCGCGCUAAAGAAUAUAAAACUAUUGAGGGAAUCCAGAGAGGAGAUAAAGAGAGAAAACCCGAUGGUUGGGAAUGGGAAGCACAGGUGGAAAAUCUCGUUCCACCGCUCUAACUCGAAGCCAAUGGAGCCCAAGCAACCCGUCAAGGAAUUCCUAUGCCCCAUUUCCGGCUCCCUCAUGUAUGACCCGGUCGUCGUCUCCUCGGGUCAAACCUUCGAGCGCGUGUCCGUACAGGUGUGCCGGGACCUGGGGUACUCACCCAAGCUGGAGGACGGGUCGAGACCCGAUUUCACGGCCGUGAUUCAGAACAUCGCCAUCAGAUCGACGAUCCUUAGCUGGUGCGAGAGCUCUGGUACGGAGCACCCGAGGGCACCGGAUUACAGCUCCGUGGAGAGGAUUGUCCGUACGGAAAUGGCGGCGGAGCAGGAGAAGAGGUCGCAGGAGAUUAGGGUUUCCGAGAGGGAGUUGCUGAAGGGUGUGGCGGAUAAACCGCAGGUGAUUUUCUCGCACGCGGCGACCGAGUUGGGCCACCGAGUCAACCACUUCUACUCGAGCUCGUCGGAGGAAUCGGUGGUCAUAGGGGCGAGUCCGGCCACCCCUUUGCCUCUCGCGACUCGGCCCUUGUGCUACGCGUCAUCAUCGUCUUCUUCCGAAAUUGUAGAGAGCGAAACGCAAACCCAAACCAUAAACCCUAGCUCUUCCACUCCGGAGGAGGACCAAUUCCUUCUGAAACUGAAGAGCCCCGAGGUGUUCGAGCAAGAAGAGGCCGUGGUCUGGCUGAGAAAGCUCACUAGGACCAGAGAGGACCUCAGGGUCUCUCUCUGCACCCCUCGGCUGCUCUCCGCCGUCCGAUACUUAAUCUUGUCCAAAUACGCUACCGUACAGACCAACGCCAUCGCGUUGUUGGUGAACCUGUCUCUGGAGAAGCUCAAUAAGGUCCAGAUCGUACGGUUAGGAUUCGUCCCCCUCCUAAUCGACGCGCUGAGGGGCGGAUUCGCUGAUUCGCAGGAGCACGCGGCCGGUGCGCUCUUCAGCCUAGCGUUAGAAGACGACAAUAAGAUGGCCAUCGGAGUGCUAGGAGCUCUAGCGCCGCUAAUGCACGCGCUGAGGUCGGAAAGCGAGCGGACCCGUCACGACUCGGCGCUGGCGCUGUACCACCUAACCCUGAUCCAGAGCAACCGCGUGAAGCUCGUGAAACUCGGGGCCGUGCCGACGCUGCUGGCGAUGGCGAAGAGUAGGAACUCGGCGAGCCGAGUGCUGUUGAUCCUAUGCAACCUCGCGGUGUGCGCGGAGGGGAAGUCGUCAAUGCUGGACGGGAACGCGGUGGAGUGUCUGGUGGGGCUGCUGAGGACGGGGGACGACGGGGCGGUGGAUUCGGAGGCGGCGAGGGAGAACUGCGUGGCUGCGCUGUACGCGCUGAGUCAGGGUAGCAUGAGGUUCAGGGGGCUAGCCAAGGAGGCGAGGGCGGCGGAGGUGCUGAGGGAGAUAGAAGAGCUAGGGAGCGAGAGGGCGAGGCCUAAAGCCAAGAGGAUAUUGCAGAUGAUGAGGGGGAGAGAGGAGGAGGAGGCGGCGGCGAAUGAGGACUGGGAAGGGGUUUUGAACUCCGGUGUUGGCGCGGGUCGCACUCGGUACCGAGUUGGGUACGGUCCGAACUCGACCACCUUCUGAUUUUUCUUGUAAUUAUUUUUGUUCAGUCAAAGCUAGAAAAAUAAGAAAAAAAGAAAGUGUAGUAAUUAUUGGUGAACAGAGGGGAUUGAGGUUGACUGGGUACUUAUUUGUCUGGAGCUAAAUAUGUGGGGGAUUUUUGGUGGUAGGAAAUAUUCAUGCUCUUUUUAUUUUUUCUUUGUUUUUGGGGGGGCUUAUAUGGGUUUUUCUUGUGAUAUUUGAUCAUUUUCAUUGUUUAUAUUAAGGUUCUUUUGACUAUGUAAAUAGUAAAUUUUGGAAGGGAUGUUCUGACGGUACA